AUGUCCUUGCUUGCUCGUGGAAUGCGCUUGCGCACGGCCGCCACCGCUGGACGCUGUGCCGCUUCAACCAGCAAUACCCUUAGACUUUCAGCAGCAACAGCAACAACACGCACGACCGGUAUGAAGCCUAUGCCGCGUCUUGCCUCUGUUCAAUACCUCUCGACCACGGCUGCACGUCCAAUUUGGAUUCCCAAUCGUGACAAGCUAUCAGAAGACGAUCCUCGCCGCAUGGAGCAGUUUGAGGACGAAACCGAUGUUGUCAUUGUCGGCGGUGGUCCUUCCGGUCUUGCCGCUGCCAUUCGUUUAAAGCAACUUGCCAACGAAGCCGAUCAAGAAUUGCGCGUCAUGGUGGUGGAAAAGGCCGGUGAAGUGGGCGCUCAUAUUCUAAGUGGUGCUGUUUUGGAACCGCGUGCCCUGAACGAACUUAUUCCGGAUUGGAAGGAAAAGGGUGCACCUUUGAACACGCCCGUCACCAAGGAUAAGAUGCAGUUCUUGACGGAGACCAUGGCUAUCCCAUUGCCUCAUCCUCCUCAGAUGAACAACAAGGGCAACUACAUUGUUUCGUUGAACAACUUUGUAAAGUGGCUCGGUGAACAAGCCGAGGAAUUGGGUGUCGAGAUCUAUCCCGGCUUUGCUGCUAGCGAGGUCCGCUACAAUGAAGAUGGUAGUGUUGCUGGUAUCAACCUGAACGACGUGGGUUUGGAUAAGAACUUUGAGCCAAAGGACACCUAUGAGCGUGGUAUGGCUGUCAAUGCCAAGGUGACGCUGUUCGCCGAAGGUUGCCAUGGCUCCCUGACCAAGACUCUGAUGAGCAAGUUCAACUUGAGAAAGGAUAGUGAGCCCCAAAAGUACGGUAUUGGUCUGAAGGAGGUUUGGGAAGUUGAUCCUGCCAAACACCAGCCUGGUACUGUCAUCCACAGCAUUGGCUGGCCUGUCGAUAUCCACACCUAUGGCGGUAGUUUCUUAUAUCACUUUGAACCCGAGCCGGAGCGUCAUUUGGUUGCCGUCGGCUAUGUCGUUGGUCUCGACUAUGAAAACCCAUACAUGAACCCUUAUAAAGAAUUCCAGCGCUUCAAGCACCAUCCAUCCAUUAAGCCCGUUUUGGAAGGCGGUAAUUGUAUCUCGUACGGUGCUCGCGCAUUGAACGAAGGUGGCUAUCAAUCCAUCCCCAAGCUCGCAUUCCCUGGUGGUGCUUUGAUCGGCUGUACUGCCGGUUUCUUAAACGUGCCCAAGAUCAAGGGCACCCAUACUGCCAUGAAGUCUGGUAUGUUGGCCGCCGAGGCCACCUAUGAAAAGCUGUUUGGCAGUGGCGAAGAACAGCCGGAAGGCCCAAUCAACUUGAGCAACUAUGAAGAAAACAUCAAGAAUUCGUGGGUCUAUGAAGAGCUGUAUGGUGUCCGUAACUGCAAGCCCUCGUUCCAUGGCCCACUUGGCUUGUUUGGUGGUGUGGCCUAUUCUGGUUUCACUACCAUGAUCACCAAAGGUAAAGAACCAUGGACAUUCAAGCACCACAAGCCCGAUUGGCAAGCAUUACAGCCCGCAAAGGGCUCGAAGCCGAUCGACUAUCCAAAGCCCGAUGGUGUCAUCUCCUUUGACUUGUUGACCAACGUUGCCCGAACUGGCACCAAUCACGCCGAAAACCAACCCGUUCACUUGCGCAUUCGUGACAAGGACAUUCCUGUUGAACGUAACUUGGCUGUCUUUGAUGGCCCCGAAAACCGCUUCUGUCCUGCUGGCGUGUACGAAUAUGUCGAUGACGAAGCCAACCCUGGCCAGAAGCGUCUUCAGAUCAACUCGCAGAAUUGCAUUCACUGCAAGACUUGCGAUAUCAAGGAUCCUUCUCAAAACAUUGAUUGGACCGUACCUGAAGGUGGCGGUGGUCCUCAGUACGUCUGGACCUAA